UUCCUGUGAUUUCGCCAGCGUUGCCAGUGCGCAUGCGCCUCACACCACACGUGUGGCAAACGUUUGGAGUCGUUGCAUGCGACGGAGCUUAGAGAGUUGUACCGCUAUAAAAUACAUCACAGGUUAUCGCAUCUUGCAUCGUGUCGUCAAUCUUUCAGAAGCCAGUCGAAUUAAAAUAGUCCUCCGUGAAGCAUUUCGCCGAGAGGGCCGGAAUAGCACAAAAACACCAUGACUGAAGCACAAGUGAACCCAAAGGCCUACCCGCUGGCCGACGCCACGCUGACCAAAACUAUCCUGGAUCUGGUGCAGCAAGCCUCAAACUACAAGCAACUGAGGAAGGGAGCCAACGAAGCCACUAAAACCCUGAACAGAGGCAUCGCUGAGUUUAUCGUGAUGGCUGCCGAUGCGGAACCACUGGAGAUCAUCCUCCACCUGCCGCUGCUGUGCGAGGACAAGAAUGUCCCCUACGUGUUUGUCCGCUCCAAGCAGGCCUUGGGCCGGGCCUGUGGGGUGUCGCGCCCCGUUAUCGCUACCUCAGUCACUAUAAAAGAGGGGUCUCAGCUCAAGCCACAGAUCCAGUCUGUUCAAAUGGCCAUUGAGAGACUGCUUGUGUGAUUUUUCUUUCACUGACAAAAACUCCUUGAGGGGAAAAAACCGUUUUAAAUAGUCCCGUCCUUUGUUUGAUUAAACAUGAGGGGGAAAAAUCAUGUUUAAUUGUUUUUGUUUUGUUUCUUGCUUUUUGGGGACUGAUGUUUCUCAUCAGGAGUUUGUAGUAGCCCUGCUCACUUAUUAAUAAAAUAAUUCUUUUUGUUAUUUCUUAAAA